GUGGGAGCACCACCUCCGCACAGGCACCUCGCACCAGUGGAGUCUGGUCUCUGCAGCCCCUAACUCUCUCUACCCCUGAAAGCGAGACCCCUCGUCUCAAGGAGGUUCUUGCCCUCACAGCGUCGCCGUCGUUUCUAUUGCAGAUUUUUUUUUUUUCUUACUAUAAACUGAGGGGGACGUGAGAAGUCCUGACAGAGGCGGCACGAUGACAGCUGUCGAAACCCAAAUAACAUACAGCAACUCCUAUACGAUCCACCAUGAAGAAGCGUACAUGACCCAAGAGGAGGACUGGGACAGGGACCUGCUGCUGGACCCUGCCUGGGAGAAGCAGCAGAGGAAGACCUUCACAGCUUGGUGCAACUCCCACUUGAGGAAGGCUGGGACACAGAUCGAGAACAUUGAAGAGGAUUUCAGAAAUGGCCUCAAACUCAUGCUGCUGCUGGAGGUCAUAUCAGGCGAGAGGCUGCCCAAACCCGACAAAGGCAAGAUGCGUUUCCACAAGAUUGCCAACGUGAAUAAAGCCCUGGACUUCAUCUGCAGCAAGGGGGUCAAGCUGGUGUCUAUUGGUGCUGAGGAAAUUGUUGACGGUAAUGUGAAGAUGACCCUUGGUAUGAUCUGGACCAUCAUCCUGCGCUUUGCCAUCCAGGAUAUCUCUGUGGAAGAGACCUCUGCUAAGGAGGGUCUGCUGCUGUGGUGCCAGAGGAAGACUGCCCCCUACAGGAACGUCAAUGUGCAGAACUUCCACAUCAGUUGGAAGGACGGCCUGGCUCUGUGUGCCCUCAUCCACAGACACAGACCUGACCUCAUUGACUACUCCAAACUGAGAAAGGAUGACCCCAUUGGCAACCUGAACACCGCCUUCGAGGUGGCUGAGAAGUUCCUGGACAUCCCCAAGAUGCUUGACGCUGAAGAUAUUGUGAACACACCCAAACCUGAUGAGAAGGCCAUCAUGACCUAUGUGUCCUGCUUCUACCACGCCUUCGCCGGUGCUGAGCAGGCAGAGACAGCCGCCAACCGUAUCUGCAAGGUGCUGGCCGUCAACCAGGAGAAUGAGAAACUGAUGGAGGAGUACGAGAAGCUGGCCAGCGAGCUGCUCGAGUGGAUCCGCCGCACCAUCCCCUGGCUGGAGAACCGCGUGACGGAGCAGACCAUGCGCGCCAUGCAGCAGAAGCUGGAGGAUUUCCGCGACUACCGCCGCAUCCACAAGCCGCCUCGUGUACAGGAGAAGUGCCAGCUGGAGAUCAACUUCAACACCCUCCAGACCAAGCUAAGGCUCAGCAACAGGCCCGCCUUCAUGCCCUCCGAGGGCAAGAUGGUGUCGGAUAUUGCCAAUGCCUGGAAGGGUCUGGAGCAGGUGGAGAAGGGCUAUGAGGAGUGGCUGCUGACCGAGAUCCGUCGCCUGGAGAGACUCGACCACCUGGCUGAGAAGUUCAAGCAGAAGUGCUCCAUGCAUGAGGCCUGGACUGCAGGUAAGGAGGACCUGCUGUCCCAAAAGGACUAUGAGUCAGCUUCUCUGAUGGAGAUCAGAGCCCUCAUGAGGAAGCAUGAGGCCUUCGAGAGUGACCUCGCUGCUCACCAGGACAGGGUGGAGCAGAUCGCUGCCAUCGCCCAGGAGCUGAAUGAGCUGGACUACCAUGAUGCUGCCACAGUCAACGCCCGCUGCCAGGGCAUCUGUGACCAGUGGGACAACCUGGGCACCCUCACCCAGAAGAGGAGGGACGCACUGGAGCGUGUGGAGAAGCUGUGGGAGACUAUUGACCAGUUGUAUCUGGAGUUUGCCAAGAGGGCAGCGCCCUUCAACAACUGGAUGGAUGGAGCCAUGGAGGACCUGCAGGACAUGUUCAUUGUCCACAGCAUUGAGGAGAUCCAGAGUCUGAUCACUGCUCACGACCAGUUCAAGGCCACUCUGCCUGAGGCCGACAAGGAGCGCAUGGCCACCAUGGGCAUCCACAGUGAGAUCCUGAAGAUCGCCCAGACCUACGGCAUCAAGCUGUCCGGAAUCAACCCUUACACCAACCUCAGCCCCCAGGAUAUCAGCAAUAAGUGGGACACUGUUAAGCACCUUGUACCCCUCAGAGACCAAAUGCUCCAGGAGGAGGUGGCAAGACAGCAGGCCAACGAGAGACUGAGGCGCCAGUUUGCUGCCCAGGCCAACAUCAUCGGACCCUGGAUACAAACCAAGAUGGAGGAGAUCAGCCACGUGUCAGUGGACAUCGCCGGCUCCCUGGAGGAACAGAUGAACAGCCUGAAGCAGUACGAGCAGAACAUCAUCAACUACAAAUCCAACAUCGACAAGCUGGAGGGAGACCACCAGCUCAGCCAGGAGUCCCUCAUCUUCGACAACAAGCACACCAACUACACCAUGGAGCACAUCCGUGUGGGCUGGGAGCAGCUGCUCACCACUAUCGCCAGGACCAUCAACGAGGUGGAGAACCAGAUCCUAACGCGCGACGCCAAGGGCAUCAGCCAGGAACAGCUCAACGAGUUCAGAGCCUCCUUUAACCACUUCGACAGGGUGAGGCAUUCGCUGACCACAGUCACAAAAAAGGAAUUUCACACUAUACAUGGCCAAGAUCUUGAUGUUAAUAAGAGAAAUGGCAUGAUGGACCCAGACGACUUCCGCGCCUGCCUCAUCUCCAUGGGUUACGAUCUGGGUGAGGUGGAGUUUGCUCGUAUCAUGACCUUGGUGGACGCCAACAACACGGGCGUGGUGACCUUCCAGGCCUUCAUUGACUUCAUGACCCGCGAGACCGCUGAGACGGACACUGCAGAACAGGUCAUGGCCUCCUUCAAGAUUCUGGCCUCAGACAAGAAUUACAUUACAGUGGAGGAGCUGCGCAGGGAGCUGCCGCCCGAGCAGGCCGAGUACUGCAUCAGCCGCAUGACCAGGUACAUCGGACCCGACAGCCCCUCCGGCGCCCUGGACUACAUCUCCUUCUCCAGCGCCCUCUACGGAGAGAGCGACUUAUAA